CGCGUUAGUGUGUUUAGUUUAUCACAUUUUUCCAAGUGCACUAACUACAGUAUCCGACAGCUACCCAAGUGUAGCAGUUUCUGUAUUCUAUGGAAUACAUAUUGUAAAAGAAAACAAAUAGCAAUGGAUAUUGAAAUCUUUUGAAAGCGUUUUAUGUAAAGUUUAUUGAAGCUAAAUAUUUUGACUUUUGUGUGUUUGAGAUGAGUGCGGGAAUGUUAUAUGGUGGCGAUGAAAUAGGCGCUCUCGUAUUUGACAUAGGACAUCAUUCUUUGCGUGUAGGUUAUGCUCAAGAAGAUACGCCAAAAGCCGAAAUACCCGCUGUAGUCGGCGUUGUGGAGGACGGGAAUCAAAAUGUUGUACUUAAAAGCGACCAAUUAGAUUUGGUUGACAAGAAGACUGAUCCUACAACAAUUUCUACGAGUAAGGAUAAGAAGUAUUACAUUGAUACGAAUUACUUGCAUGUAGCUCGUAAGGGUGUUGAAAUCCAAACAUACAUGAAGGAUGGUAUGAUUGAGGACUGGGAAUUGUUUGAGAAGGUGUUGGAUUACACCUACACUAAAUGUAUUCAGUCAGAGUCGGAGUUCCAUCCUGUUCUUAUGUCAGAAGCUCCGUGGAACAAUAGGGGCAAGCGCGAGAAACUCACAGAGUUGAUGUUUGAAAAGUACAAGGUUCCUGCCUUCUUUCUCGUGAAAAAUGCCGUUCUAGCAGCCUUCGCAAACGGCCGUGCCACAGGAAUUGUGGUUGACAGUGGAGCUACACACACGUCUGCUAUACCAGUGCAAGAUGGCUUUGUGUUGUCCCAGGCUAUUGUUAAAUCUCCGUUGGGCGGAGAUUACAUAAGCAUGCAGUGCAAAAAUUUUUUGCAGGACAACGAGAUUGAAGUGACACCCCCGUACCUAAUAGGCAGCAAGGACGUGGUGAAAGAGAGGGAGAAGGCCCGCUGGACACGGAAGCGUAAUGUGCCGGAGGUUACCACGGGCUGGCACAACUACAUGGUGAAGAAGGUUAUCCAAGACUUCCAAGCUAGCGUGCUGCAAGUGUCGGAGACACCGUAUGAUGAGAAGACGGUGUCUUCCAUCCCCACUGUGCACUACGAGUUCCCCAGUGGCUACCAUCAGGACUUUGGCAGCGAGCGGUUCCGUAUCCCGGAGGCCCUGUUUGACCCCAGCGUGGUGCAGAUGCGCGGGGGGCAGGUGGGCAACACGAUGCUGGGUGUAGGCCACAUUGUCACCACCAGCGUGGGCAUGUGCGACGUGGACGUGCGCCCUGCUCUGUACGGCAGCGUCGUCGUCACCGGGGGAAACUCUUUCCUGCAGGGCUUCCCCGAGCGACUGAACAGGGACCUCUCGGUGCGCAUCCCGUCCUCGAUGCGCCUGAAGGUGAUCAGCGCCAACGGGUGUGCCGAGCGCCGCUUCGGCUCGUGGAUCGGUGGCUCGAUCCUGGCAUCCAUCGGCACCUUCCAGCAGAUGUGGAUCUCCAAACAGGAGUACGAAGAAGGUGGCAAAGGCCAAGUGGAGCGAAAGUGCCCGUGAUAGCAUUGCAUUCGCUACAAACACUACGUUUAACAUUUAAUUUUUUUUCUACAUUAUUUUACAAUGUUCCAGUUUAUUGCAGUUUUAAAACUGAACUUUUAAUAAUGCAGACAGUAUGUGUUGACAUGUGCUGAAGGUAACCUUAACUAGAAAUAAAGUCUGCUUAAAUGUGAAUAACUCUUCUCUUGAAGUUGGCCACAGUCAUAUCUCUUUCUUUUAAAAUUUGUUGUCAGUAAUACUUGUAACAGCAGAAAGCUCUCCGAACCGCCCACCACUCACGCAAACAUUGUCCCACACACUUGCAAGAUCCUUGAACAAGUAUGAUUCGUGUUAGUUUCCUAAAGAACUUUAGUUUGUAUAAAUUACAAUCUAAAUUCUUAGAUUAUUUUCAAUUUUACAGAGUAUGACAGCAAACCGAGCUGAAACAAAAUUAGGCUUUUCCAGAACAAAACACUAACAGCGGCCAAAUGCUAUUGGGUGGCAUAAUGACGGUGUGGCAUUUGACUUCCUGUGUGGUGCACUUGUACUAAUUGCUUUUGUUUACAGUGAAGUUUAUGUUCCUCAGCUAUGACACCUACAAAAAUUCCAACUUGCAUUAUUUGUAUUUUAAAGAAGCAGUGAAUAUGUUCAUUUUUUCGACUCUGCCGGCUGCACCUUAGCCAUCUGCUAUGAAAACUGGGCCAAGUAUUCUGUAAAACAUUAGGUUAUAAAAUGUAAGAACAUUUACUUGUGCCCUAACUGCAACAUUUGAACUCCUCAUCUCCUGAGAGUCCAUAGUCUAAGGUUUCCUUCACGCUGGCAACUCAAUGAUGAGAAACCACACAGAACUAUUCACAUUGAGUGGCCACCUUGGCCAUGUACGUUCUGGUACGUUUUUGAUCGAGCCACUUCUGCAAUAUAGCUUUUUCUUUUGAGUGAUGGCGAAGUCAGGGUCCCACACCAAAAGGUUGAUUUCAGAAUUGCAAGAGAGAAUGUCACUUUGUCAAUUUGGGACAUGACUGUAAAAGAGAAUUCAGACAGAGAGUUAAAAAAAACGGGUUUGUUAUAGCUCGUGGUGUUAUUACUCAACAAAGGAGAUGCAAAAGAAGCUAAGAUGAAUGAAAAUGGUAAGUUAUAUAAUCUGUCAAUGUUAACAUCUGCUCUUGUGAUGCAACUGUCUGCUUGAUACAAACUGAAGUUUGUUCAUUUUGUUACCCUCAUGACAAAGAAGCCAUGUAUUAUUUUUUCUCCAUUUACCCUCAUUAUUAACAAACUAAGUAUGUUCAAUCAUGCAAACUUUAUUAGAUUUGCACAGUUUUGAAGUAAUAAUGCCCAUAAAUUACGGUAUGAUUUGAAAUAUAGUGGUUGUAGAUGCAUUGUAGGUCUAGUUUUUCAUUGAUAUAUUGUAGUCACUCUGUUUGUUGCUUAGUCUAUGGGAAAUAUAGUGUAUGGUGUCGUAUUGUGUCACCUCUUACCUUUUGUUUUGUCUCUUGCUACCUUUAAAAGAUUCUGAAUUAACAUCCAAA